AUGGACCAACAACAGCCGCCGAGACAAAACGCGUUUUGCUUGGAUGUGGAGGAUCAGAGAGAUGGGAUGAAGGAUGACAGCACAAAGAAGCACAAGCAGAAGCAGUACGAUGCGCCACGACGAAAUUGGGUUGUUGUGGCGGUAGCGCUGAUUCUGUGGACGGGUUGUACACUCGCGUUGAGUUAUUUGGCGUAUCAAAUGGCCCGCGAGCAAGAGAACCAGGAAUUCGAGGCCAAGUUUACGGACUUUGCCAAUGAGAUCAUCCGUUCGAGUGUCAACAACGCGCGCAACUCGCAUCUCGUCUUGGAAAGCUUUGGGCGAACCGUCACUUCCUUGGCCCUCUACUCCAAUGCUACUUGGCCGCUGCUGACACUGCCUCACUACGAGACCCGUUCCAACGACUACAUUACCAUAACCAAGGCGGAGUCCAUCACCUUUUGUCCCGUCGUGUCGGCUGCCAUGCGGACCAAGUACGAGAACUACACGGUCGAAAACCAAGGCUGGAUCCAACAAGGGAUCGACUACGAGUACUACCGCAACAUUUUUGUCAAUGAUCGAGAAGAAGAAGACUCACCAUCAGACAACAACCAAGAAGUAGAUCUUGUCAUCAACAGGGAAGGAUUCAGCGUCCUCAACAGAGCCAAACCAAUUCAACCAUUCAUAUGGACUCACGCUCCAUUGACACAUCGCGCCGUUCCGGAAGAGUCGCUCGGGCCGUAUGUCCCCAUUUGGCAGACGUUCCCCGCACCCCGCAACAGCUUUGUGGUGGGCAACAAUCUAAUGUCCGUUCCGGAUUUCUACUCGCUCCUUCGAGAUUCCUUCACCAGAAAAGCGACCACGCUGUCCGAUAUAUUCGACAAUAACUUCCGGUUGUUUGGGAACGCUCAAACCAUUGAUGUCGAUCCCAAAUCGGUUCUCGUCCAACCGAUCUUUGAAAACAUUCUCUUGCACCAACAACAGCAACAACACGCGGACGGCCAGAUUGUCGGUUACAUGAUUGUCAUCAAAAAGUGGCACCAAAUCUUUCAAGACGUUCUCUACCGUGGUGCCAAACCUGUCGAUGUCGUAUUACGAAACACAUGCGACAAGGCAUUCACCUACAGAAUCAUUGGCUCCGAAGGCUACUUCUUGGGAAAGGGAGACUUGCACGAUCCUCGCUAUUCCCAAGUUAUAAACAUGACGGUAGAGGCAUCGCUUUUCGACGAACCAUCUUCCACCAUCUACAGCGCAUGUCAUCAUUCUCUACACAUUUAUCCCACCAGAGAAAUGGAAGACGAUUACCGAAACAAUCUUCCUGCCAUUGUGGCCAUCACGAUCGUGUCCUUUUGUGUUCUCGUUGGAGUGGGCUUGUAUCUAUGGAGCCACAUGACCAAGAAACACCAGCAAAACAAACUCAACGCACAAUCGCAGCAACAACAUGCCCAAUUGAAUAUUGAUCAUGCACGACAAGCCGCUGCCGCGGAACGACAAUUGAAUGAAUUUAUUGCGCAUGAAGUCCGCAACCCAUUGGCUGCCGCCAUGUCUGCCUGCAGCUUUGUCUCGUCCGCCGUACAAGAUUUGAGCGAACUGGCAGCCUCCUUGCCAACAGCACAGCCUGCUGCACCUCCAAAACCUCUUUUUGGCAUUGCACCACAGCAACAACAACCUCCACCCUUGUUUGCCAUGUCACUACCAGCAGACAACACGCCACCGCAGAAAACACAACAACUACAAAAGCAGCAGGACUCCAUUAUGGAAGAUCUACACAUCAUUGAUAGCAGUUUGAAUUUCAUCAACGAGUUGCUCCGAAAUAUGCUCGAUGUCCAGCGAGCGUCACACCAUCAGCUCAAAAUAGACAUGGCGCCAACAGAUGUCCUGCGAGACAUUCUGGAGCCCGUUGAUGCCAUGCUGUAUCGACGAGGACGCAGCGACGUCAAAGUGAUUGUAGAAUGCCCUCACACCGACAUGAUGGUCAUGACCGACCGACUCAGAUUGAAGCAGGUUGUACUGAAUCUCAGCAGGAACUCAAUCAAGUUUGUGGAAAAAGGGUUCAUCAAACUCAAGGUUGUCGUUGUAGGGGAGGACAGGCAUACUCAAAUUUGGGUGGAAGACACUGGUCCAGGCAUCCCGGAGGAGAAAAAGGACAGGCUCUUUGCCAAAUUCCAAGAGAGCUUGGAUUCUCUUUCUCAGGGAACUGGAAUUGGUCUCUCUUUGUGUAAAAUUCUCAUGGGUCUCAUGGGCGGUGAUGUAGCCCUGGACCGUACGUACAACAGUGGAGUUGAGGGACUGCCGGGGGCGCGUUUUAUCAUUGACCUGAAGACACCUCCAAUCGACCAGGACGAAGGGGAUCACUUCUUCGAUGAAGACGUGCAAGAGGCAGUUGCAAACGGCGGUGGCGAUAUUGAAGCACCAGCACCAUCGCUGUCAAUUGCAAAUGGUUCCCAACAUAGCAACAAUACCGGUUCCACAGAACAAACCUCCCUCAUGACCGUCCCUGAACAAGCUGCUUCGAUGCGGCCAUCAACUGCAGACCUUAACCUUCCACAGGAACUAAAAGUUCUGUUUGUCGACGAUGACACGGUGCUAAGAAAGCUCUUUGUCAGAGCAGUACGUCGAAUUGCGCCAGAAUGGAAGAUCCAAGAAGCAGCCAGCGGGGAAGCGGCACUGCGCCUUGUUGAUGAGUUCAAUGAAAGUAACCAAGACAAGUCUCAAGACUUGUUCGACUUGAUUUUCAUGGAUCAGUACAUGGCCAGCACACAAAAACAGUUGCUUGGCACGGAGGUCGUCCAAGCGCUGAGAUCCAGGGGCGUCAAAUCCAAAGUAUGUGGGCUGUCGGCAAACGAUAUGGCGAACGACUUCUUCGCAGCUGGAUCAGACGCCUUCAUUUGUAAGCCUCUUCCGGCCCAAAAAGACAUUCUUCGAGAAGUGCUUUACGACCUUUUGUUCCGAACUAGAGAUUCCUGCGAACACGCCCCCUCGGUUGGCAGUAGAGGCAGGUCGGCGCUGGUCAUCACACCUUCCAACGAUGCAAUGUCAGCCUUGUCAGAAUGUGAAAGUAUCCCGAAAGUAUCCAAACAGCUGACGGCGGCACGAGCAACCAACAAAAGUCCUCCACCCGUUGCACAACCCGCGACGAGUUCCAGCGCUGAGCCUGUUGUGGUGCUGGUGGGGUCCGACAAAUUUGUAGGCUGCUAG